GCAUGCGUUGUUACUGUGGACGCUUUUGCGGCAGUUGUUUUUGUUCAUUCAAGUUUUGACAAGAAUUCCGUUGUUUUUUUUUUGCCCCUUUUUGUUAAUAUUACCAUUUAAAGUAGGAUCGUUUUAUUGAUUUAUAUUAUUUUAUCUAUUGUUUUUUCUUCACUCUAUGCUUUUGUUUAGAAAUGAAGGACACCAGCCAAGUGCAAGGUGUGUUGUUUGAACCAUGUCUACAAAGAAAGAAGAGACGUGAAGGCCCUGUUACUUGUUUAUCAAGUGACUUUUCAGUAAAAGAACAUGACUUGAAUGAGGAUUAUAUGCUGCUGGGAAAAAACGAAAAGUUUGAAGGAAAUAUCUGUUACAAACCAAAAAGAUAUUUCAGUAUAAAAAAGAAAGAAAAUGAUGAUAACCAGAUUCAUUCAGAAGACUCCUGUGAUCCACAUAUUGAAAGAGAUCAUACAAAUGGAACUGUUCCUGCUGAUUCCUGUGGAGGUGUACCACCUGAUGAGGAAGAAUAUGUACUUCUUGGAAAUCAUGCAAAGUUUUCUGAUAAUGUUAUCUACAAACAAAAGAAAAGAAUGAACAAUAUACUGAGCAAAAGUGCUGAAACUGAACAUGAUUUAAUGCAAAUGGAAAACAUUGAAAAAAAUCAUACAAAUAGAACAGUUCCUGUACAUUCCUAUGGAGGGGCACUACCUGAUGAGGAAGAAUAUAUACUUCUUGGAAAUCAAGCAAAGUUUUCUGAAAAUGUUGUCUACAAACAAAAGAAAAGAAUGAACAAUAUGCUGAGCAAAAGUGCUGAAACUGAACAUGAUUUUGACAAAAAUGAAGACCAAUAUCCUGCUACAAAGGAUCUAAAACCAGCCCCUGUUGUUGAUACAAGCAAAUUUACAAAAUCGUCUAAGGCUAUAAUGUUGGACAAUUUGAAAUCAAAUGAAAAGGGUGACGAGAUAAUGUGUCCAGAAAAAUCACCAGUCAAGAAAUCUGUAAUGUUUGAAACUUCCUCACCAAAAAACCUUUCAGACAAUGAAGAGGUUGAACAAAUAGUAAACUCAGUGAAAUCGCCAGUCAAGAAAUCUGUGAUAUCAGAAAAUUCCUCACCAACAAAACAUUCAGACAAUCAGGAGAAAUUACUCGGAUUGCUCUAUAGAUCUGGCUUAGGUCCGCCUAGAAGUUCUGCAAUGAGGUUUACAGAAUAUCAGAAAAACUUCACAGUGAAGAAACCUUUAAAAACAGAUUCUUUGGUACAAAAACCUAAGAACCUUUUUCACUCAGGCAGCCAUUUUACUCAAGCCCCUUCUCAAAAUGAUUAUGCAGUAAAACAGUCAGAGUAUCAGAGGAACUUUUGCAGCCCACUACCUGAGAAAGAUGUCUGCUCUAAUACAUCUACAGUAGAAAAUGAAUAUUCCUGUGUGAAAAAAAUAAAGCAUCCACGUAGAAGCAGGUCAGUGAAUUCUAAGAGAACUGAAAGGAUAGGUGCAUUGGCAAAAUCAGUGUCAACUGAAGAUGUAUGCCCCAGCAAAAAGACAUCCUCACAACCUGUUAAGAAUAAAGAAAAAUACAUAAAGAAAAAGACAUCCUCACAACCUGUUAAGACUACAGAAAGUUUGUCAACAAAAUUAGAAACCAAUGGACCAACAUCAUCAAAAAGAACUGAAGACAGUGACAAAACUGAGCCAAAACAUAAGAUGAAAAGAGCCAAAAGUCUUGAAUCUGUUACUUCACAUCCCGAACUCAAGAAUGAUAAAAGUCCCCCUGUAGUUUUAAUGUCUGAAUACCAGAAAAACUUCAACUCACCCUCAAAAUUUGCUUAUGUUAAAAAUGCCUGGGUAAAUAAGGACCCACAGGUAACGACUGAAAAUAUAUCAUAUGAAGACUGGUACAAGCAGGUGCUAGAGUUACGUGAUAAGGCAGCAAAAUACCGGCAGAGAGCACUUGACUCUCACUUUUGUUCAAAACAUAUGGUACAGCUGAUAUCAAAGGAGACAGAAAAAUGGGAAAAUUCUAGAAAAUUGUUAACUACAGCAAUUGAUCCUUCUCAGAUGAAACCAGCAGGAAUAACUUAUUAUCCGCCAGAAAUGUUUUCUUUUAAAAACAAUAAAUUAAGAAGUUUAUCACCAAGUGUCAAUAAUGAAUGUAAAAUUGUGUUAGAAGAGGUUGAAGAAGCAUUAGUUGCUGAUAAUAAGCAUUCUAAAUCAGUGAAAGAUGACGAUAAUUACCAGAAUAUAAAAGAUCAAGAAAGUAACGAUGAUGUUGAGAAAACUGAGUCAAUAACAAUCAACAUAGAAGAGGAACAGAAUUUAGUUGGAAAUGAAAAUAAAAAUCUAGUAACUGAUAAGGAAGAAACUGCUGAUAUACGUGUGGUAGAAUCAAUCACUGAAAUGAUGAAUAAGAAUGAUUCAGAUUGUUCAAAUGGAACAAAGAGAAGAAUUAUGAAGACAAAUCUUUUACAGUUACCCAAAGGAAAUAACUCUGAAUUAUCAAUCAAAUAUCAACCUUCGCCUACAGUGCCAGUCAGUGAUAAUAAAUUGAAUGAUCAGAUUCAACAAAUAGAUGAAGAUCCCAUCACAGAAUCUAGAUAUUUUAAUAAAACUACAUCAGAUCCAUCAAAAAUUGAAACCACAACUGAAGAUGAUAAGUGCCAUAUUGAUGCUGAUAAUGAGGUUUAUCAUCUAGAUUUGGUUUCCAAGGUAUCAGAAAAUUAUCGAAGACCAAAGCAAAUUUUUAAAUCAUGUGACAGUAUGUUUACUAGAGCUCCAUUGUUUGGUAAAUCAAGCAAAAAUAAACCUGUGAUUAUGCAACAGCAGCAAAAAGCAUUGCCAAAUUCUGCACCCUCAAAGAAAUCUUAUCACUCUUUCCUAUCCAUGUAUAAUCCAAUUGCUUCCACCAAAGAAGUUAAAUCUAACAAAAAUAGUUCCAGUAAAAGGACAAAGCCUUUGAAAUCUCAAGAAAAUUUACCUUUCAAGAAUUUCGCCAGAUCAAACAUAAUUAGUGCCCUCAAGCCACACUAUGAACAUUUGAGUGACACUUACAAUGUACACCCUCACUCAAAGUAUAACUCAAUUCAUCGAAAAAGCUCUUUAGAUGAACAUGCUAUUUCUGAGUCCUUGGAUACCAGUGGUAGCUUGAUAUCAGACGUUCUCGAAAGAACCCGCAAAAGAAUGAAUUUUUGGUGAAAGAAUCUUGAAUAUACUAGGUUGAGGAAAAAGUUUGUGCACUGUGUUAAAAUAAUGAACUUAAUGAACACAUACACUAAAAAAAAUAUAUAAAAAAAUCAUUAUUUUAACACAACACAAACUUUUUCCUAAACCAAAUAAUUUUAUAUCACGCAAAAAAACAACAUUUUUAAUUUUGAGGCUUAUAGCAGCCAUUUCUGUUCCACAACAAUUCCACUAAAAACACGAUGGGAAAGGGACAAACGUAAAGCUAUAAGUUCAAAUCUAGUGUCACACUGACAUACUCUUCAUUGUGACUGUAGAACAUAUCAAUUAACAUUAGUUCUUUAUUUCAUAAAUAUAUAUAUAUAUAUAUAUAUAUAUAUAUAUAU